GGUUCACCUACAGGUAGAGGGACAGGUGGAGAUCUUAACCAGAAUCUGUCUGGACACUGCAUCAGCAACAACUCAAGCUCAUCUCUGCAUUUUGACUGCAACACCACCGGCAAGCAAAAUGAGUGCAGACGGAAAAAAGGAACCCCCUCCCUACAUCAUACCAGAAAGUCAAGGUGAUGGCGUGAGAGUUUACCACCCCCACACUCCUUUCACCCCACCCCCCAUGCAGACACAGGAGUCGUCUGCCUCUGUCACGCCAGUGUACACCGGCGGAGGGGGAGGCGUGGGUUCAGGUUUUGACUCUGGAGAAGGCAAAAAAAAAUAUGUAAGCUACGACGUGGGACUGGGGACUGAACCCGGCAUGACGACCUGCUCUUCCUGCCAGCAACAGGUUAUGACCAAUGUCACCUACAAGGCGGGGACGUACGCCUGGCUCAUGUGUUUACUCUUCAUUUGCUGUGGGUUAGUCCUGUGCUGCUGCCUGAUUCCGUUCUUCAUGAAGAGAUUCAAGGAUGCUUACCACACCUGCCCACGCUGCAACAGAGUGCUGCACGUUGAGAAGAGGCAAUGCUGUAAAUGAUGAUCGCCAGGGCUGAUAUGGCCCCGUAGAAAUAAGAAAUAGCCUCCUGUUACCUUUGUCUGUGUCCUAUGUUCACCCGGUAAAAAACUGGCAUUUUCUCAAACUGACAGAGAAAGGUGAUAGGGGUAAAUGCAGCUUGUUUCUAUGGAUGACAAAGCCAAACAUCAAUGAUUUCUAUCAGAUUAUUAGGAAACAGACUGGGAGUGAUUGUGUUGUCCGAGCUUCUGGUUUUUUUUGUUGUUUUUUUGCUCUGGCAAGUUACAGCACACCCCAUGCACUUUGAAACAGUUAUCAUUAUACUCAGAAAAUUUUGGAUGCAUAAUGUUAAAAUGAAGGUUUGUACAUAGAAUUUAUUGCAUGUUAUAUGCAUAACGGGAUUGCACGAUUUCUGAAUAAAUCACAGCGGCAGUAAAUUACACAUUGAACGAUAAAAGGGUGCAGAAAUAAGUAUAUUUGCUCAUCUCCAGUUUCAUGAGUCAUUGCUCAGUAAACUGAUACACAAAGCAUACCGGAUUAAUGUCAUAUUUGCAUAUAUGUCACUCAGGCAAGGCAAAAACAAGCUUACAUGCUGUACAGUGGCGCGCUGUAAAUAUAGUUAAGCCUUUUGUUCAGACUAUUUGAAUGUAUUCAUUCAUUAUAUUGCAAACUACAAUGCAAAAGUAACCCCCCCCCCCCCCCCCCCCGGAUGAUGAGCAUGCUCUAUUGUUCUAUUAUUUACUACUAUUAGCUCUAUGAUAACAUUAUUUCUCUAAUAAAAACAGACUUUACAGACGUUACAGAACUCUGCUGUGUUUGUGUUGGUAUUUCUUCUUCUAGAAAAGGUCACAUCUACAUUGGUGGAGUACUCAAAAAAAUGCAUUUACUCAUUACCCAUCUUGAACAUAAUGCAGUAUGUUACUGCCCAGAGAAAGUGAUUUGUUACUCUGCUUGUUUUAUUACUUUUGCAUUACUUCGUAACAUGCCCUGAAGUGCACUGUCACACAGUUACCAUUUAACAAUAAAAACAUUAGUCCCACACACUUACAUCAAUCCCUUUCCUAAUUAGGACAGACAUACAAUCUUUUCUUUUUAGUCUUGACACAGAGCAGAUGAAAACCAGACCAAAGACUCUUCAAAGCAAUCGACACAGUCAUUCUACGGUUUUGUUACCUGUUAAAACUGGAUGUGGUUGCUGGGGUUGAGCUGAACUGUAGCCACCAAGAAGCCACAGAUAAAAUAAAGUAAUAGAUUGUUUUGCAA